CUCAGUCCCGCCGCGCCCGCCCAGCGCCAGUCCGCGUCCCCACCGGCCCGCAGCUACCCGCUCCACCGCCAUGGCCACCUCCCCGCAAAAGUCUCCCUCGGUCCCCAAGUCCCCUACUCCCAAGUCGCCCCCAUCCCGAAAGAAAGAUGACUCCUUCUUGGGGAAACUCGGAGGGACUCUGGCCCGGAGGAAGAAAGCCAAAGAGGUGUCCGAGCUGCAGGAGGAGGGCAUGAACGCCAUCAACCUGCCCCUCAGCCCGAUCCCCUUCGAGCUGGACCCUGAAGACACAAUGCUGGAGGAGAAUGAAGUGCGAACAAUGGUGGAUCCAAACUCACGCAGUGACCCCAAACUUCAAGAACUGAUGAAGGUAUUAAUUGACUGGAUCAAUGAUGUGUUGGUGGGAGAAAGAAUCAUUGUGAAAGACCUGGCUGAAGAUUUAUAUGACGGACAAGUCCUGCAGAAGCUGUUUGAGAAACUUGAGAGCGAGAAGCUGAACGUCGCUGAGGUCACCCAGUCAGAGAUUGCUCAGAAGCAAAAGCUGCAAACGGUCCUGGAGAAGAUCAACGAAACCCUGAAACUUCCUCCCAGAAGCAUCAAGUGGAAUGUGGACUCUGUUCACGCCAAGAGCCUGGUAGCCAUCCUGCAUCUGCUGGUUGCUCUGUCCCAGUAUUUCAGGGCACCAAUCCGACUCCCAGACCAUGUUUCCAUCCAAGUGGUUGUGGUCCAGAAACGAGAAGGAAUCCUCCAGUCUCGGCAAAUCCAAGAGGAAAUAACUGGUAACACAGAGGCUCUUUCCGGAAGGCAUGAACGGGAUGCCUUCGACACCUUGUUCGACCAUGCACCAGAUAAGCUCAACGUGGUGAAAAAGACUCUCAUCACGUUCGUGAACAAACACCUGAAUAAACUGAAUCUGGAGGUCACAGAACUGGAAACCCAGUUUGCAGAUGGGGUGUACCUGGUGCUACUCAUGGGGCUCCUGGAGGGCUACUUUGUACCCCUGCACAGCUUCUUCCUGACCCCGGACAGCUUUGAACAGAAGGUCUUAAACGUCUCCUUUGCCUUUGAGCUCAUGCAAGACGGAGGGUUGGAAAAGCCAAAACCACGUCCAGAAGACAUCGUCAACUGUGACCUGAAAUCCACACUGCGAGUGUUGUACAAUCUCUUCACCAAGUACCGGAACGUGGAAUGAGGGCAGACUGGACCGUCCUCCGGACCACCUUCACCUGCUUAUUCCUGUCUCCUGCUCUGUGCUAUCCCACGAGUCCAGCUACAACCCGGAGAUAGAGGGGACUGAAUUAGGAAGGAAAUGAUCAGGAACUCAGUGGGCUGACCCAUACCCCCCAGGCCCUCGGGUCUGAUCCAGCAAUGGCCUGGGAAGGUUGUCCCUAUCCUGGUGCUGGGUCCAGAUUUCCCUCAGUGUGAUUUGAAAACCAGCUUAGGCCCAAGAGACCCCCACAGAAGAUGAAAAUAAAGAUAAGUUACCAUCUAUGGGUGUAAGUAUGUGCCAGCCAUCACACGAAGUGCCCUGAUACAUGAAAAUGCAGUAGUCCCCCUCCGUCCACUGAAGCAGGUGUUACACACCCCUUUUACAGAUGAGGAAACUGAGGCACAGAGAGGUAAAGUGACAUGCCAGAAGUUGGCAUUUGUUUUUCCCUCUUUGAACAACGUACAUAUUUGUUAAUAACUAGCCAAUCACAUCACACUCUUUGCAUGUCCUAUAGCUGUGCGUGUAUGUGUACACAUGAACCACGAGGAAGACGCCAGGCAGUGCCGGUCAGGGCUUAGUGAUUCACACUCAAAUUGGCAAAUCAAGUCUAACCCAAUUAAUAGUGUAUGUGUGGCAGGAAUCAUAUCCCUCAACUCCUUUGUACAAAUGAAAAUUACUCUUAAUUCCAUCAGAUUUGUAAUAACCCUAUGCUCUGGUUUCAGGGUGACAUUUGGAAAGGAUUCUGUUUAAAAUUAAUGGAGUGGCACAUUUUAUAGCCUUUUUGCUUGAUUGCAUGUAAUGGAAGUGCCCCAUAUUUUCCUGCAAAAUAAGUACUCAAUUCAUUAUCAUUAGGCAAAUGCACAAUAUACUCCGGGCACCACAGAGAGCCGGGCGCAGGCCCAUGUGAGCAUGGUUUGGGAAGUAGGGCUCUUCACCAGAGACCCUUGAACUUGAAAGAAAGGAACUCCUUUUUGCCUUCUAAUUGAUCAUUUAGACCAUUUCUAGCUAAGCCUACCCACAUGCAAUUACUGGCUAAUUCAGGCGAGGAGAAAUGUAAGUCAUUCAGACCCAAGCCCAGCGGUUUCCUUGCGUGGGCUCCCGGAGGGCUUGUGGGGACCAGCAUCCUGGCUCUGUGAACCGGCUUGGAAACACAAGGCCCCAGUGGUCCAGGCUGCCGGGUCCGGGGCAAAUAGGAAGGGAGCUAAAGCGGGGGUGAGUACGAGGACGAGAAACAUGGGGGCAAUGUUUGCACACUUAACAAUAAGGAAAUAUCCCCUCAGACGAGGGACAGGGCUUGUGGGGUUUACAGUCCUUGUAAAGGGACCAAGACGUUGGGAUAGUUAAUAGCUCUUACUGGUAUAUCUUCAUUAUAGAAUCUUCCCAAAUAUGCCAGAUGGACCCAGCCUGUGUCCCGCCUCCAGAAGUCUGCUUGAUUCAUCAGUUUUAGGCCUCUUCUAGUCUGAGGAAUUCAUUUUGAUCUGUCUACACCCCCCCAGUAAGGCCUCCCAUAUUGUCCAAAACAGUUCCUUCCAGCUCCUAAACAUUUCUUUCUCUAUGGUCCAUCUGCAGUAACUCAUAACAUUUAGAGAUACUACACGUUUCUUUGGAUAUCUUGCUCUAAGAAAGAAUUGUGACUCCGCAUAAUGAACAUUUAGAUACAAAGACAAUGUACUCUUGUGUCAAUAUAUGUAAAAGGAUGCGAUUAUUUUUUACAUUCUUAGUGAAAUGUUACGCUUUUCAUUAGUAAACACUAAAGAGUGUACUAUGUGUUUGUUCUCUGUUAAAGCAUAGCAAAUCCAUGUAAGUCAUUGCUGUGUCUCCUUGAGCAGUUCCAAGGCGGGAUGAAACAGAGCAGUGCAAACGUUCAA